UACUGCCAAAUUUAUAUCUGGUCGGAGCUCUUCUCUUUCUGAAUCCUUUAAUUGCAAUUAUUUACCCUUGAACUCUCCCCUUCACAAUUCACAUAUUCCCUGAAAUCGAAUGCUAGAGAGAGAGAGAGAGAGAGAGAGAGAGAGAGAGAAUGGAGAACAUGUGCUGAGUUGAAUCUCUUUUCUCCAAUUGAUCGUAAUGGCGAUUGCAGGCGAUGAAUCGGGAAGCCAUAGCCAUAGGCAAUCGGAGGGGGCCUUACAUUACUUGGCCAAGUGCGUGCUCAAAGGAAGUGUCGUCCUUCAAGCUGUUCAUGGCCAUAUGCGCUCCCCUUCCUCCUUUGAUGUAAUUUUUGGCAAGGAAACAUCAAUCGAGUUGGUAGUGGUUAGCGAAGAUGGGGUUGUACAGUCUGUUUGUGAACAGACAGUUUUUGGCACCAUAAAAGACCUUGCUGUUCUUCGAUGGAAUGCGAACUGUCGUGCACCAAUACUGCAGACAUACGGGAAAGAUCUGUUAGUUGUUCUCUCUGAUUCUGGGAAGCUUUCUUUCUUGUCAUUCAGCAUUGAGAUGCACAGGUUCUUUCCAGUGGCCCAUUCCCAACUUUCAGAACCAGGAAAUUCAAGAUAUCAAUUGGGAAGGAUGCUGGCUGUUGAUUCCCUUGGCUCUUUUGUUGCGGUUGCUGCAUAUGAAGGGCAGAUUGCUUUGUUUUCUGUGUCAAAAUCAGCUGGGAAGAAAAUUGUUAAUGAGAAAGUUUUGUAUCCACCAGAAGAGGGGGAACCGGAAAUGGGAAUGGAGUUGGAGAGAUUGAAUGUGUUUGGAGCGAUCUGGAGCAUGUGUUUCAUCUCAUAUGAUUCAGCACAAUCUAGGGGAUGCUACAGUCCUGUGCUGGCUGUGCUUCGGCAUAGGCAACGCAGGAGGGGCCACUGCCACAACGAACUUCUGUUUCUUGAAUUCAAUAUUAAGAAGCUUGAAGCGCAUAUCAUAUCUUGUUUCUCACAACAUGCAGCUCUAGCUUUGAGCGUAGUGGAUGUUCCUCACCUCCCUGGCUUUGCAUUGUUGUUUAGGAUGGGUGAUGCUAUCUUAGUGGAUGCUAGAAAUCCAGAACUUCCCCAUUCUCUCCACAGGAUAAAUCUUACAAUACUAACUGGAGUUACAGAGAGAAAAACAACUGAUGAGUGUUCUGGAGCUCUUGAAGUUGACGAUGAGAGAAGUUUCAAUGUUGCUGCUAGUGCUUUAUUGGAGUUGAGGGAUUCUGCAAUUGAUGAUGUUAAAGGAGAAGACCCCAUGAGUAUUGAUGACGAAAGCAGCAAAAUUCCCACUUGCUCCGGAUUUAUAUGCUCAUGGAGCUGGGAACCAUGCAAUUCGACAAACCCAAAGUUGAUCUUCUCUUUGGAUACUGGAGAAUUAUACAUACUAGAAGUUAGUUACAAUGAUGAGCAUGGUGUCAAAGUUAACUUUACGGACUGCCUUUACCAAAAUCUGGCCUUCAAGACAUUGCUAUGGGUUAAGGGUGGAUUUGUUGUGGCCCUUUUGGAGAUUGGGGAUGGAUUAGUGAUUAAGGUAGAGGAUAGUGGAUUAGUGUCUCGAAGCCCCAUUCAGAAUAUUGCACCAAUGUUAGAUGUUGCAAUAGUAGACUAUCAUAAUGAGAAGCAGGAUCAGAUAUUUGCUUGUUGUGGGGUGCACCCUGAAGGAUCCCUAAGGAUCAUUCGAAAUGGGGUGAGUGUAGAAAAGCUCUUGAGCACAGCCUCUGUCUAUGAAGGUGUAACUGGCACAUGGACCACACACAUGUUUCAAGGUGAUUCCUAUCAUUCUUUCCUUGUGCUAUCAUUUGUUGAGGAGACACGUGUGCUAUCUGUGGGUUUAAGCUUCACUGAUGUCACCGAUGCAGUUGGCUUCCAAACUGACACUUGCACUUUGGGAUGUGGACUUUUGGAAGAUGGGGUUUUGGUACAAAUAUGUAGAAAGGGAGUGAGACUUUGUUCGCCAACAAAAGCUGCUCAUCCUGAAGGUGUCCCUCUCUCUCACCCUGUUUGCACAUCUUGGAGUCCAGAGAAUUUGACAGUAAAUUUGGGGGCAGUUGGUCAUGGCUUGAUAAUUGUGGCCACCUCCAAUCCUUGCUUCUUAUAUAUGCUUUCAGCUAGGUCUUCUUCACCUUAUUGUUACGAAAUUUACGAGAUUCAACGGCUGGGACUGCAGGCUGAAGUGUCCUGCAUUUCAAUUCCUCAAGAAGAUGGACUUGAACAUGUGACUACACCAGAUUCUGUCAUUGGUUCUGUAGAUGAAGGCCAAAUAGCUGGAUUUCCCUCUGGUAUUGAGAUUGGUAAAACAUGUGUUAUUGGAACACAUAAGCCUUCUGUUGAGCUUGUGUCUUUUGUUCCAAAUGAAGGCUUCAGACUCCUUGCCAUUGGAGCAAUUUCACUAACAAAUACAAUGGGUAGUUCUAUCAGUGGUUGCAUACCCCAGGAUGUUAGGCUUGUAUAUGUUGAUCGCUAUUAUAUUCUCUCAGGGUUAAGAAAUGGAAUGUUACUCCGGUUUGAGUGGCCUGUGAUUUCCUCAACAAAUCCAUCAGAGCUACCCAAUUUAAGCUCCUUGCUUCCUUGUACAGGCACAUCUGAUAGCCCUUUGUCAAAAUCUACAGUGCCAAUUUUUUAUGAGCAAUGUAUUGGUGUUAAUAUGAUGGAGAGGCCAGCUGAGAAUUCCUUACCUAUCCAGCUACAGUUGAUUGCUGUACGUCGCAUUGGCGUAUCUCCUGUUAUUCUGGUGCCUCUUUGUGAGUCUCUCCACGCAGAUAUAAUUGCGUUGAGUGAUAGGCCCUGGCUAUUACAGACGGCAAGGCACAGUCAAAGGAUUGCUUAUACUUCGAUUUCAUUUCAACCUGCAACACAUGCUACUCCUGUAUGUCUGGAUGAUUGCCCCUCUGGUGUCUUGUUUGUUGCUGAAAACAGCCUACAUUUGGUGGAAAUGGUUCAUACAAAGAGGCUGAAUGUGCAGAAAUUUGGCCUUGGAGGCACCCCAAGGAGGGUUCUAUACCACAGUGAAAGCAGAACGCUGCAAGUAUUGCGGACAGAUUGCAAUUAUGGUUCUGGUAUCAGUUCGGAUAUUUGUUGUGUGGAUCCUCUAAGUGGCUCCGUACUUUCAGGAUUUAAGUUUGACCCAGGCGAAACAGCAAAGUGCAUGCAACUAAUGAAACUGCGAAAUGAACAAGUCUUAGUGGUCGGAACCAGCAUUUCUUCAGGUCCUGCUAUCAUGCCUAAUGGUGAAGCUGAAAGCAUUCGUGGACGUCUAAUUGUAUUUGGCCUAGACCAUAUGCAGCAUUCAGAUAGCAGUUCAUUGGCCUCAGAUUCUAAGUUGGGUUCAUCUUCUCAACUUAGUUCCCCAUUUCGUGAAAUUGUUGGAUAUGCCACGGAACAAUUGUCGUGUAGUAGUAUAUGUAGCAGCCCAGAUGAUGCUAGUGGCGAUGGAGUGAAGCUUGAAGAAUGUGAAGCCUGUAACUUGAGAGUGAAGUGGAGUUUUACAUUACCAGGGGUUGUACUUGCUAUCUGCCCUUAUCUUGAUCGUUACAUCUUGGUAUCUGCAGGCAAUAAUCUUUUUGUGUAUGGUAUUUUGAAUGAAAACCCUCAACGCUUGAGAAGGUUUACUUCUGCAAGGACACGCUUCACAAUCACCUGUAUUACUGCCCAUCUUAAUAGAAUCGCUGUCGGUGAUUGUCGUGAUGGCUUACUUUUUUAUUCGUAUCAAGAGGAUCUCAGAAAAUUAGAACAAUUGUAUUGUGAUCCUGUUCAGAGGAUAGUUGCAGACUGCAGUCUACUGGAUUUGGACACUGGUGUUGUGUCAGACCGCAGGGGAAACAUCUGUUUUCUUUCAUGUGCAAAUUAUUCAGAAGAUAAUGUAAGCCCCGAGCGGAAUUUGACAAUAAGUUGUUCUUAUUAUGUGGGAGAAACCAUUAGCAGCAUUAGGAAGGGAUCAUUUUCUUAUAGAAAUUCUGGAGACGGAAUACUUAAGGGCAGCAGAAUUAUUGACCCUCUUCUUGAUUGUGCGGAUAGUCACAUUGUCGCAAGUACCCUCUUAGGGAGUGUGGUGAUCUUCAUUCGCAUCUCUAGGGAAGAAUACGAUCUGUUAGAUGCUGUACAAGCUAGACUAGCUGUUCACCCAUUGACUGCUCCAAUAUUAGGAAAUAACCAUGAUGAUUUCCGUGGCCGUGGAUCCCCGGUUGGGGUUCCUAAGAUACUUGAUGGGGACAUGCUAGCACAAUUCUUGGAGCUCACAAGUCUUCAACAGAAGGCUAUAUUGGCAUCUGAAAUGCCAAAUCCAGUCGGUACAAGCUCCAAGUGCUCUCUCCCUGUAGAUCAGGUACUAAGACUUCUCGAACGAAUCCACAAUGCUCUCAACUAAGUCUAUCGUACCAUCUCUUUAUCGACUUCUUCAUGGUGGUUAUGGCCAUCAUCUGUAUAUGCCAUUCCAUCAAAAUGGCAAGUGCCAGAAUGCACCAUUGCAUGCCCAUUUAUGUGCAUGUGCAUAUACGAUAGUUGAUUGAGCUCCCAGUUUGUCCUCCACGUCAUCUUUUCAAGAUGGGCAUCAUCGAUCUAUACUGCUCUCUCAAUAUGGAAUAUGACAAAAUGAAUUCAUUCAUGCUCAUGUAACAUUAUGUGCAUAUGUAUGCACAUGUGUGCAUGGUUGUAUGAGCUGUAACAAACAGAGGCCAUGAAAGAGGUACUGGCUUGAGCAUAGUUUUUAUGCUCUUCCCGAUUGUAUGCUAAGUGAUAAUAUUGUUCCAAUUUUCGGGCUUUGUGUUUGAUAAAAUGCCCAUGUAUGAAUAAUCUCAGUUAUUUGUUUGUAACUUAAUAUAUAAUUAAAAUUUGUAAUGAGAAUAAGAAACCAAAGUGAUAAGAGUGGUGAGUUUCA